UUUUCAGGAAGUAAGAGCCUGGGCAGAAAGUGAACCAGGUGAGAAGCAGGAAGGUAAGAAGCACCGACUCACAGACAAUAAUCAUACUCAGCUACAGAGAAAGUAUUCAGAAUUGGCAGAACAGAAUGUAAGAGAUAAAAACUUUUUACAAAAAAUGGGACCUCCUUUGAGGCUGCAUGAACUGAUUCGAGCCAUCCGUAGUGUUAAGACACAAAACGAAGAGAGAGAAGUGAUCCAGAGAGAGUGUGCAGAGAUCCGCUCUUCUUUUCGAGAUGAGGACUCCAUGUAUCGUGGACGAAGCGUGGCUAAACUGCUGUACAUGCACAUGCUGGGGUAUCCAGCACACUUUGGACAGAUGGAGUGUUUGAAACUGAUCGCCUCCCCCAAAUUUACUGACAAACGAAUUGGAUACCUUGGUGCAAUGAUGUUGCUUGAUGAAAGGCAAGAUGCUCAUCUACUGAUAACCAAUAGCAUGAAGAGGGACCUAGAACAUAGCUCCUCUGUAGUGCAAGGCUUGGCACUGUGCACAUUGGCCUGCAUGGGAUCAACUGAGAUGUGUCGGGAUCUAGCUGGAGAAGUGGAGCAUCUUUUAAAAACAUCAAAUUCCCAUGUCAAGAAAAAGGCUGUCCUCUGUGCUGUGCACAUUAUCCGGAAGGUCCCUGAGUUGGUGGAAAUGUUUAUCCCAGCCGCUGAGGAACUGCUGGCAGAAAAGAGGCAUGGUGUAUUGUACGGAGCUGUACUUCUGGUUACAGAGAUCUGCCAAAGGAAUCCUGAAGGCUGUAAACGCUUUCGCAAGAUUCUCCCACUACUCCUACAAAAAUUAAGGCAGGUCAUGUCCGGUUAUUCUCCAGAGCAUGCUGUGGCAGGCAUCACUGACCCUUUUUUACAGGUGAGACUCCUGCGACUAUUUCGAGUGUUAGGACAGAAUAAUGAGAGUGUCUGUGAUGCAAUGAGUGAUCUGCUUGCUCAGGUGUCCACAUGCACAGAAACCCAGUCUAACGCAGGCAACGCUGUUCUGUAUGAAACUGUCCUUACUAUAGUAGAAACCAAAUCUGCAAGUGGUCUAAGGGUUCUUGCUGUUAACAUACUUGGACGUUUUCUGCUAAGCAACGAUAAGAACAUUAGAUAUGUUGCCCUCACAUCCCUCCAACGCUUAGUACAGUCUGAUCAUGCGGCAGUACAGAGACAUCGGGGUACAAUUGUAGAAUGCCUCAGACAGACGGAUGCAUCUGUUAACAAGAGGGCUCUGGAGCUGAGCUUUGCACUUGUGAAUGAUUUAAACAUCCGAGUAAUGAUGAAAGAGCUUCAGAAGUUUCUGCGGAAUUGCUCACCAGAGCUGAAGGAACAGUGCACAUCUGGAAUCUUCCUCUGUGCUGAGAAGUUCUCUCCUUCGAAGCGCUGGCACAUAGAUACUAUAAUGGAGACACUAAUUACAGCUGGCGAGAGCGUUCGCGAUGAUGCUGUCUCACACCUUAUCCAGCUGAUCAUCGGAUCCUCAGAGCUUCAUGGCUACAUAGUUCAAAGGCUUUACAAAUCAAUUAGGAAUGACAUUGUCCAGCAACCAUUAGUUCAGGUGGCCUCAUGGUGCAUUGGAGAAUAUGGAGAUCUCCUACUGCAUGGAGUUUGUGACGAGGAGGAACCUUUACAUGUAACAGAAGAUGAUGUUCUCGAUGUUCUUGAAGGAGUACUACAGUCCCACAUUUCCCAACCAAGUACGCGAGCGUAUACACUGACUGCAAUCAUGAAGCUGAGCACACGCUUUCAAAUUAGUGUGAACCGCAUACGUCGUGUGGUGUCUAUAUAUGGCUGCUGCCAUGAUGUGGAAUUACAACAGAGAGCUGUAGAAUACAACGCGUUGUUUAAGAAAUAUGAUCACAUGAGGGGUGCUAUCCUGGAGAAGAUGCCAUUACCAGAAAAGUCUAAUACAGGGAUUGGUGAAAGUAUUAUUGCUGAAAAUAAAGACAUAGUUGAGAAUCCUCCAGAAAAUAAUCUAUCCUCCAACGGACCAGCAAGUCAUGUUACUGAUCUCUUAGGAUUGUUGGAAAACAGCACAGAAAAUCUGCUGACACCUGCAAUUGUGGCAACAUCAACUGUAAACCAAAAUGAUUCUAGUGGGGGCAGCUUGUUGGAUCUCCUGGAUGAAACCCCAACCCCAACCCCAGCACCUCUGCCUUCAAUCGAGGUAUAUAAUAAUGGAAGCCUCCAAGUGGAAUUUUCAUUCCUGCGCCCAUCAGCUAGUCCUUCCCUUCUAAUCAUCAACUCGCGUGCCAUCAACAACUCUUCUACCAACAUUACUGACUUCCUGUUACAGGCAGCAGUGCCCAAGAGUGUUCAGCUCCAGCUUCAAGCUCCCAGUGGUAAUUUACUUGCAGCUUUUGGUGAAGGAUCAGUUACACAGUCCAUUCGUUUAUUGAACCCCCAAAAGGUUCCUAUCCGAAUGCGCCUGCGUUUGUCAUUUACACACAAUGGAAAUCCAAUGCUGGAAGUAUGCGAAGUCAACAACUUUCCUGAAGGGACGUGGCAGUAACUUAAAGCACAAUGGGAUUUUUUGGGUUAAAAAGAAAAAGACACUUAGAUGAAGGUGACAGCAAUGUCAAAGAAUGUUUUGCUAAAAGAACAAAUUAGUGUGCUGCAUUUUCAGAUUUGGUAGAACUAAAUAUAUAUUUAUUUUGGGUGUGACACACAGCCAGAAGCACAUUCAAUAUCUCACACUGAGCAGCCCUGAUCUGGGAAUGUGUUCAAGCUUGGGUACUUGUAAUAAAAUGUUAUUGUUUUCCUAGC